ACAUUUCCACGACUGGUAGCCUUACCGACACACACCACACACAGCGGUCCACUAUCUGUCCUGCUCCCGGUGGGAAGACAACACAGAGAGAAACACUCAGAGGAGCGAGCUGAAUGAUCACCGGCUUCCGUGAAGAUUUAGAAACAAACCGGACGUAGAGGCCAAAAGAAAACCAGCGGAGAGCUCGUUUUAGUGUUGAAGAGCCGGGCUCUCUUCAGAUACGACACCGCGGUGAUCCGCUGCUGGAGGACUCGGUCAGGUGCAGACUGUGAAGUUUUUAUUCGGUCGUGUUGGAGUUUGCAACUUUUCUCAGUUUUUUUUUACAGCACUUUAUUUAUUUAUUAUUCAACAUGUUAACAGUGAACGAUCUACUAAAGCAUCUCUGCGGGGGGGCAGAUCCACUCAGCUGAUACCACAGACUCUGCUGCAGAUGUUCGUGAAGAGCAACUUUCAAGGUGACUAAUGAGGUGGUGACUUUGAAGUGAAUCAAUUAGCAGAACAGAUCAGUUAAAGUGUGGGACAACCUGAAGAAGAGAGCUGUGUUUCUGUCACUUGAGAGUGAGUGAAGUCACUUUAUAAUAAUAACCUGAGUCAGUCAUGGAGUUCAUCAUGAGGAUGUUGAACUCUUCUUGGUGACGACAGAUCUCAUUGGAGAUUCACGAGCCGGCUCUAUUUGAGCAGACACUCGUCACAAACACCGGACAACUCUGUCGUGAUUGAGUCCACUGAGUUCGGACCAUGGUCUCCUCCUCUUCCUCCUCUUCCUCCUCCUCGCGGAGCAGCUGCUUCUCGUUGCUGUGGAGACGGACCGUCCUCGCGCUGUGCGUGUGUGCGCUUGGGGCGCACGCAGCGGAGGAUGACAGCGCCUUCAAUGCAGAGUCAUGGCUGAGGAUGUACGGUUACCUGCCGCAGGCCAACAGACAGAUGUCCACCAUGAGAUCGGCUCAGAUUCUGUCCAACGCCGUCAGCGACAUGCAGCGCUUCUACGGCCUGGAGGUCACCGGACAGAUGGACCUUCAAACCAUCAGUGCCAUGAGGAGACCCCGCUGCGGCGUGCCCGACAAGUUCGGAGGCCAAAUCAAAACCAACGUGCGGCGGAAACGCUACGCGCUCACCGGACACAAAUGGAACAAAAGCCACCUGACGUACAGUAUCCAGAACUACACUCCAAAGAUCGGAGAGUAUAACUCCUACGAGGCCAUCCGGCGGGCCUUCAAAGUCUGGCAGAGCGUCACCCCGUUGACCUUUGACGAAAUCCCCUACCAGGAGAUCAAAUAUGGACGCCGCAAGGAGCCCGACAUCAUGAUCUUCUUUGCUUCCGGUUUCCAUGGAGACAGCUCGCCUUUCGACGGAGAGGGGGGCUUUCUGGCUCACGCGUACUUCCCUGGACCUGGAAUGGGCGGGGACACUCACUUUGACUCGGACGAGCCGUGGACCAUAGGAAACCACAACGUGCAAGGUAACGACCUCUUCCUGGUGGCAGUCCACGAGCUGGGCCACGCCCUCGGCUUGGAGCACUCCAACAAUCCGCUGGCCAUCAUGGCUCCCUUCUACCAAUGGAUGGAGACGGACAACUUCCAGCUGCCUGAGGACGACCGGCGGGGGAUUCAACAGAUCUAUGGUCUGCUAGACGGCAGCCCAACUCAGGCCCUGCCCACCGUGACGCCCCGUCGCCCCGAGCCCAGACCACCUCAGCCACCUCCACGCAAUCCAGACCGCCCCAGGACCACAGAAAGACCAGAUCACUACGGACCCAACAUCUGUGAGGGGAACUUCGACACGGUGGCCAUGCUCCGAGGAGAGAUGUUUGUCUUUAAGGGUCGCUGGUUCUGGCGCGUGCGUAAGAACAGGGUGCUGGAUAACUACCCCAUGCCCAUCAGUCACUUCUGGAGGGGUCUGCCUGGAGACAUCGAUGCCGCCUAUGAGAGACACGAUGGCCGCUUCGUCUUCUUCAAAGGAAACAGAUUCUGGAUCUUCCGGGAGGCCAACCUGGAGCCGGGUUAUCCGCUGGAGCUGGUCGACUUCGGUCAAGACGUUCCCUACGACAGAAUCGACACGGCCAUCUGGUGGGAGCCGUCGGGCUACACCUACAUCUUCCAAGGAGACUGGUACUGGCGUUUCAACGAGCAGUCCCGUCUGGCUGACAGAGGUUACCCCAAACCAAUCAGCGUCUGGGGAUCGUCGGUGCCCUCCACUCCCAAGGGGGCCUUCCUCAGCGACGACGGGGCGUACACCUUCUUCUACAAGGGAUCCAAGUACUGGAAGUUUGACAACCACCGCAUGAAAAGCGAACCGGGCUACCCUAAGUCCAUCCUGAAGGACUUCAUGGGCUGCAGCGUGGACCUGGACCCCGACAGAGACACGGACACAGACUCAGGACGCAAAAAGCCCGAUGUGAACGUGCCGCCGUUCAACCCGGACGCCGGACGCGACGCCGACAAGGGCAAAGAUCGGGACGGGACGGACCGGGGAGGAACGGACAAAGACUCGGGCAAAGGGUCGGACGACGACAAAGACGAGGACUACCGAGAGGGGCGGGAGGAAGACACCAACGAGGUGGACGUGGUGCUGAAGGUGGACGACAGCGAGGAGCGAACCAUGAACAUCCUGAUGGUGACCAUCCCGCUGGUCCUGGUGCUGUGCAUCCUGGGACUUAUCUACGCCAUCAUCAACACGCUGCAGAGCAAAGGAGCGCCGCGGCUGCUGGUGCACUGCAAGCGCUCGCUGCAGGACUGGGUCUGACCCCUUUACAUGAGGGGGGUCACUGAACCCUUUACAUGAGGGGGGUCACUGAACCCGUUACAUGAGGGGGGUCCCUGAACCCUUUACAUGAGGGGGGUCACUGAACCCUUUACAUGAGGGGGAUCACUGAACCCUUUACAUGAGGGGGGUCCCUGAACCCUUUACAUGAGGGGGGUCACUGAACUAUGACCUUUAAAUGAACUGUUGACACGACGUCCUCUAAUCUAAACCUCCUCCUGUGAUUCAUCCGUCUCCUGCAGCUCUUAGGAAGUAGAUCCAAUACUGUACACACACACACACACACACACACACACACACACACACACACACACACGCUAACCUCCCCUGGUGCUCUACGAUGCGUUGACUGUAGUCUAUUUAUAAGAGAGAAGUUUGCACAGUG